AAAAAAACACAAAAUAUUUCCCUUUCUUUCUAUAGUAAAUUCAGUUCUUUUUGGUAAAUUUGAGAACCCACGUGCUAGCCAGAGCCUGCAGGCCGCGUCGACUGUAUCGGGUCGUCGGUCACUCAUCAAUCAUCCAUCAUCCAUCAUCAAGGAACAAUAUAUUUUAUAUUCCACGAAAACUCCGAGAAAGUAAGGAUGCGUUUGACCCACGAGUGAAAGGUGCAAAUUGAAUUGUCCGCGCGCUGCCCCAAAGAAAAAGCGAACGGGGUAAGGAUUGGACUCUUGGAUCCACCUAUUGGAUCCCCACCAGUUCGAAGACGCCACCACCGCCUCAACGGAUAGGGGUUCUGUGUUUGUUAUCAUUUUGUUCGUUAUUGUUGCAGUCAAACAUCAAACAGCACCACUUAUAUCGAGCUAGUUUUCCCAUCAGCACCAGUCCACCACCUUAGUGGGUCUGGGCUCUCCAGCAGCCACACACAGCUACACACACACAAAUCCAAUCAGGCUGGAGGAAAACACUCGGGGAAAGCACACGCGGAAACGGCGGAUUCAGAUCCGCAAAUGAGCGAGUGAGUCCAUUCCAAAGUAGAGGACAACAGAGGCCAGAGGCAAUACACCACAAAUUAGCAGCAGAAGCGGAGCCGGAGUCCAGAGCGUGAGUCCGAUGGCAAACAAAUCAAAGACGGAAUCCAACUAUGAACUGGACAAGAACGUGACGGCAAUUUUCGAUGUGCGAAAGGCCUUGGGCAAGGGUGCCUAUGGGAUUGUGUGGAAGGCCAUCGACAAGCGGCAAAGGGAUACAGUGGCCCUGAAGAAGAUCUACGAUGCGUUUCGCGACACGACCGAUGCCCAGCGCACAUAUCGGGAGGUGAUCUUCCUGCGGGCCUUUCGCCAUCAUCCGAACAUCAUCCGACUCUUGGGGAUAUACAGGGCCACCAACAAUAUGGACUUCUAUUUGGUGUUCGAGCACAUGGAAAGCGAUCUGCACAUUGUCAUCAAGAAGAGGGACAUCCUCAAGGACAUCCACAGGCAGUUCGUAAUGUACCAGUUGGUCAAUGCCAUAAAGUACGUUCAUUCGGGCAACGUCAUCCACAGGGAUCUGAAGCCCAGCAACAUACUGAUCGACAGCAAGUGCAGACUGAAGGUGGGGGACUUUGGACUGGCGCGCACGGUUUUGGUAAAGCCCAGCGAAAGAGGGACUGGCGACGCCACCGGCCUCCACGACGCCCCUACUGAGAAUGAUGGCAUGAUGUCCGACUACGUGGCCACGCGCUGGUAUCGUGCCCCCGAGAUACUCGUGGGUUGUCGCAGGUACACUAAGGCCGUCGAUAUGUGGAGUCUGGGCUGCAUCCUGGGCGAGAUGAUAACCGAACAACCGAUCUUCCAGGGCAGCAGCACCAUCAAUCAGAUGGAGAAAAUAUUGUCUGCCCUGCCGAAUGUGACCCAGCGUGAGAUAGACGAUAUUGGAACCCGAUUCGGGACUUCGCUGCUCUGCCGGUCGAUCCGACGCGACUACCAGCACUCCCUGAACGCCAUGUGUCGCGGCUGCGACUCCGACGAGAUUGGUUUCACCACCUCGCUGCUGAUGCUCGAUCCGAAAGACCGGAUCACGGCCAACAAGGCCCUCAAGCAUCCGUUUGUGAGCUCCUUUCGUUGCCCCUCGGCGGAGAUGGAAAUGCGACUGAAUGUGCAGCCGCCGCUGCGCGACGAUUACCGCUUCGCGCUGGACGACUAUCGUAACAGUCUGUACGGGAUGAUCUCCAAGGAGUUGGGUACCGGCCAUCGCAUUACCCAGUCCUGUAGGACCCCGACCACGGUGCCAAGGGAUUCAGCUGCUCUACGGGAACUGCCCUUCGGGUGCCGAACCAGUGCAUUGGGCAGUAUGCGAAAGCCAUGUGCACUCGCGCCGAACACCCCACGAAAUAACCAGAAUAGGAUCUGUGCGGAGCCCCAGCGGAAGUGUACCAAUGCGUGUUGCAAAGUGCAGCAGUUAUACUCGCACUCCCAAUCGCACCCCCACUCCCUAGGCCAGGCUCAAGCGCACAGUCAGUCUCUGGAGGAGCUGCCAAGGCGGCCUCAUUACCACAAGCACAGCUCUCAUUUCGGGUUCAAGGGGCACACUCACUCACCGCCGACCCCUCCGCAGAGGGUAGACGGAGAGCGAACCCAGCACAAGGGCCAUCGAUCGCAUGUGCCAGCCGAGCAACGGGAGUUGCGGGAGCACGAGCGUCCAGUGGUAGUAACGACACCGCGUGUGGUAGCCCAGCCAAAGGUAAAGGAAAAGGCUCGAGCCUAUGUAGAGACACAAGCCACAGGCAAGCAUAAGCCGAAAGUCCUCGAGCUGGGAACACAUGACUGGGUCGAGAAGUUUAGUCCAGCCACCUUGGCUGGUUCUCAGGAUGCUAGAGAGCCCCAGGGCGAGGCCGGCCUCCUGAAGCCGCCCAAGGCAAGAAGUUCCAAGCAGAAGCACAGAGAGCAGCCGAAGACAGUUCAAACCAGUGUCAAGCUCGAGCACGAGGCCAUAGUCGUCCAGAAGGAACCGCAGGACAUAGUGAACCAUAACCAGAACCCCGACCCGAACCCGAACCCGAACCUAAGCCAGCGGAAAGUGAGGAAGCGGGAGAAGGAACUACUGCAGGCGCUACCGGGCAGGCGCUCGGACAACACAAGGAACGAGAAGAGCUUUCUUCUCGAGGCACUGCUGCGGCGGAAACAGCGCGAAACAAAUUCCCUGGAUCCCGAUAUGGAUGCCAAAGUGCAAGCGAAUUUGGAUAGACUCCAGGCCGAGAGGAAAAAGAUGCAGAAGAAGAUCCUUAAGUAUGCGGCGGAAACCGGACUGAUGAUCAUCAACGAAAAUUCGAAGAAUAACGGCUCAGACCGCUCCAAAACGGUAUAUUCUUCAGACUCCGAGGCCUAUUUUACACCCACAUCUCGUAAGACGGUGGUAAAGAAGACACUGAUUAAGAAAUAUAACGGCAACCGGGACGUAAAGCACCACGGAAAUAACAUUACGGAGCUCCACGAAUCCACCUCGUCCUACAAGUUCAAGAAACAGCAGCACGAUGUCUUCGAUGCAUCGGAAAAAGGCGAGCAGCAGGUGGGCGACGCUAAAGAUUUUUUGGAGGCAAAGUACUGCCUAACCCAUGAGCUCCCUCGCCACGAGAUGGAAAAAGAUAGAUACGAUUCCAUAAUCCCUUCAGGAGUUCGCCACUCGCCAGACGAUUCAUUCAACACUAGACCUACACCUGGCAAACAGCACACAAUCCUGAAGCCCAUGUAUUUGGAUUUGUUUUCGACUCUGGCAUCGGCACCGGCUCCGGUACAGACCCUGCCCUCGAGCCACACAGUGAAGGAGCCCCGUCGCAGGAAGCAUAUUUCUGGAGAUAACUUCCAGCCCCUGCAUCAGCGACACAUCAGCGAGAUCCAGGCGACUCGCAUCAAUGACGACUAG